GCAAGGCGAGAUGCUCCAAGCCCCACCCCCGUUGCAGGUAUAAAACCUCGCGUUCCCGGUCGACUGGCAGGCAUUGCUAGACCUGUGCGAUCUCUGUACACACCUCUUCUUGUCCUUUAUUGAUAAGACUUUCAGGAUGGGGCAGUACUCUAUAUUGCUGACACUGUUGCUGGUGGUUAGUGGAAGUUUGGGAGCAAAACUCACUGGACUUGAACCAUCGUUCAGCAAUGCAGAUGUGCGUUUCAACGAAAUCCUGGGUGGGGGUUACCUUCCACCAGCCCCUCAACCUGCUCCAGAUGCUACUUGUGCAACAACUAUAAUCACAGAAACAAGCCUGCAAAUCCAGACUCAAGCUGUUCCCACAACCUUCUACAAUGACGUUGUAGUCACAAGCACUGCAAUCUCUACUAGUGUUGUAGUACAAGCCCAGACACUCACAAACACGGAGACUGUUGUUAACACUGUUUACACCACCAAUUACAUUACAAAUACAAUCACACAGACCCAGACUGAAACACAGACCAGUACAAUAAAUCUGCCUGCUGAAACAGUCUACAAUACAGCCACUGAAACCAGGGUAUCGACUGUUGUCGUAGAGACUACCCGCAUUGUUGUCGAAACCAAUGUUGUUCCAUCGACAGUAAUCCAGACUGCGUAUUCUACUUUGGUUGUCCCGACUACAAUCAUCAACUAUGAAACUGCAUAUGUAACUAGCACUGUUGUACAGACUCUUCCAGCACAGACUGUUUACGAGACAGAGUAUGUAACCAGCACAAACAUCAUUACCCAGACAUUGCCAGCUGAAACUGUUGUUGACACCAAUAUCAUCUAUUCGACUUACAUCAAUAAUAUCGUGUCCACGCUACCUGCCGUCACUUCCCAGGUGGUAUCCACCCAAAUUGUCCCUGUUGUCACCACCAUUGUCACCACACAGGUUGUCACCAACACUCAGUAUGAAACUGUAGACCGUACAGAAUAUGCCACUCAGACCCAGACACAGGUUCAGACGCAGGUAGUUCCAACGACAGCCGUCAACUACCAGACCCAGAUUGUUACGGAGACAGCGCAGAACAUCGCAACGUCUGUUGUGUCUGUGCCAACGACAGUCGUCCAGACUGUGGUAUCAACCCGUGUGUCUGUGGUUGAACAGACUGUCGCUGUGACGGAAACCCAGAGAGUGCCCCAAGUCGUGACAGUACCCGGUGGCACGUCUGUUGUUUACAAAACCGAGACUGUCAACAACCCUGUUGUGUCUACAGUUUACUUCACCAACAACAUAGUCAACACAGUCACAGUUACCCAGACAGUUCCAGGGUAUUGUGGCACCCAGGUGGCAGGAUAUAACUACAACAGACCAGCUGUCCCCUUCAACUUCUAAGAAAGUUCUGUCGAGUGAACCCACUUCCCACUGAGAGAGGUCACACAGGAAACGACCCUUCUGAAGCACUUCACUUAGGACCCAGAGAUUUGGGUCUUUGAACCAUUAUCAUCUCCGCGAGGGCUGGUCCUCUGUUUUUAACUCUUGAAUCUAUCUAGCUGUUUUGUGCCAUUAACGUUUUUAUUUAUGAUUUAUUUUAUUCCUCUGUAAGAUAACCAAACGAUACGAUGUACUCUUGUUACUUGUUGUACACACGUGCAUUACGCUAGCAUUACAUGAGCGGAGAUUGCCUUUUUAAUAAAUAUUAUUUGUA